GAACCGGAAAGCAGUGGGCGAGAGGAAGGCGGGCUCAGGAAGCUCGAGUUUGAACUGCUUUAGCCAGCUAGCUACAGCCUGUAGCCUACGCUGAACAGUAGACGCUGCAGUGCGGGUGUAUGAGGAUUACCGUAGUUUUAACUGGGCGUUAACCGAGAGAGAACUCUUUAAGGGCUUUAUCCCAUCACAUCCAAACCCAACAAUGUCAUCGACAUCACAGAAACACAAGGAGUUUGUGGCAGAGCCCAUGGGCGAGAAGUCCGUGAUGGCUCUUGCUGGAAUUGGAGAAGUGCUUGGCAAGAGGUUGGAAGAAAAAGGGUUUGACAAAGCAUAUGUUGUUCUUGGGCAGUUCCUAGUGUUGAAGAAGGAUGAGGAGCUGUUUCGGGACUGGCUAAAGGACACGUGUGGAGCAAAUGCAAAACAGCAAGGCGACUGCUAUAGCUGUCUGCGAGAAUGGUGUGACUCCUUCCUGUAAUUAGCUUUUUGGUUUUUAUUUUUACUCUAGGUUCCUGUCAUUUUCUUUUUCUGCCCCUCGCCUCCCUGUUUGUGCAUUAGGCAUGUUCCUCUCUUGUGUGUCCAUUCAAACCAUUUGGACACAGUCAAAAAUGCAUCAGUUAGUCCAGCCUCAUGUUAGCACUACAGUUCAGCAUUUGUUUUUGUCACAGACAUGGAGAAUGUUGUACGUUUUGUGUCAUUUUGUUUUUCUUACAUUGCCCUGGCUCUAUGGUUGUAUUGGCGCAAGACUAGUUUUGGCUAGAGCUAGAACCGUAGACCAUCGUUGCUAUCAUUGUUUUAUAGUUAUUGAUCUCUUAAGCCAAAUCCAUUUGUCAAAUGCUAUUCAAUUCAAGGACUGCUUCUGGACUGCUGACUGUAAUUGUGUGACUUUGCUAGGAACUGCACCUUCCUAAUGGUGUUCUUUAAGAAAUGGGUUCCAGUAUUUUAUGGGUUAAUACUGACAAAACACUGAAAUAUUGUAGUGUUUGUUUCCAUAGGUGUUAGCAAUGAUGUAAAAGGUUUUAACCAACUAUGGCUAUCAGAGUUUUAAGAGUUCACUCAAAAGAAAUGUGUGCGAAGGUGUAGUAAUGAUAAACUGAAUGGCUGCUUUUCAUUUUCAUGUCACAGUGCUCUUUUCAGUGAAUCAAAAAUGCCUUAAUAAAGAAAAUAUUUGGUUAAUUGUGCACAUCAAA